CCAAAUAAGAGAUAUAAACCAACCACAUUUACUCUCCCAAUUCUCGAAAAAUGUCCAUCCGCUUUCUAAACCCAACUCGCCCUCUCAGACAACUGUCUAUCACUGCUCCCAGAUACAUUACACCUCUCCAGCAACGGUUCAUCUCUCAGUCGCCCAUCGCUAUGACUCGCAUCAUCGACGCAAUCAAGCAAGAUCACCGCGAGAUCGAGGACUACUACAACAAGAUCCUCUCCGCAACCACCGAAAAGGAGAAGAUCCAAUGGCAGAACCAGUUUACCUGGGAACUUGCGCGCCACUCCAUUGGCGAGGAGCUUGUCGUCUACCCGGUCUUUGAGAAGAACCUCCCCGACGGCCGCGCCAUGGCCGACAAGGACCGACACGAGCACAACACGGUCAAAGAAAAGCUCAAGCAGUUCCAGAACAUGAAACCGUCCGACCCCAACUUCGAGCCAACGCUCAAGUCCCUCAUGAGCACGCUCUCUGAGCACAUCCAGGAAGAAGAGAGCCAGGACCUCCCGAAACUUGAGGACGCUAUCUCCAGCGAGGAGAGCGAGAAGCUUUCUAAGAGCUUCGGCCGCACCAAGAUGUUCGUCCCCAGCCGCAGCCAUCCCAGCGCUCCCGACAAGCCGCCCUUCGAGACCGUGGUUGGGCUUCUGACUGCGCCCAUUGACCACAUUUCCGAUCUGUUCCGCUCGUGGCCGCAUACGAAAGGGAUGCCUAACCCUAGCACCAAGUAAGGGAUCUACUGGCCGAAUGGAAUCGAUUGGGAGCUGGGAUGCGUACGGCGUUCUUGGUCGUGGCUUGUACAUUAUGUUGAAACCUAGGUGAUUAGUGCUCGAAUGAAGGUGCGAAUUCCAUUGCCUUAAUUGC